AUGGUGGGCUCGGCCGGCCCUCAAGGCUUGAUGGUGGGCUCGGCCGGCCCUCAAGGCUUGAUGGUGGGCUCGGCCGGCCCUCAAGGCUUGAUGGUGGGCUUGGCCGGCCCUCAAGGCUUGAUGGUGGGCUCGGCCGGCCCUCAAGGCUUGAUGGUGGGCUCGGCCGGCCCUCAAGGCUUGAUGGUGGGCUUGGCCGGCCCUCAAGGCUUGAUGGUGGGCUUGGCCGGCCCUCAAGGCUUGAUGGUGGGCUUGGCCGGCCCUCAAGGCUUGAUGGUGGGCUUGGCCGGCCCUCAAGGCUUGAUGGUGGGCUCGGCCGGCCCUCAAGGCUUGAUGGUGGGUUCGGCCGGCCCUCAAGGCUUGAUGGUGGGUUCGGCCGGCCCUCAAGGCUUGAUGGUGGGCUCGGCCGGCCCUCAAGGCUUGAUGGUGGGCUUGGCCGGCCCUCAAGGCUUGAUGGUGGGCUCGACCGGCCCUCAAGGCUUGAUGGUGGGCUCGGCCGGCCCUCAAGGCUUGAUGGUGGGUUCGGCCGGCCCUCAAGGCUUGAUGGUGGGCUCGGCCGUCCCUCAAGGCUUGAUGGUGGGCUUGGCCGGCCCUCAAGGCUUGAUGGUGGGCUCGACCGGCCCUCAAGGCUUGAUGGUGGGCUCGGCCGGCCCUCAAGGCUUGAUGGUGGGUUCGGCCGGCCCUCAAGGCUUGAUGGUGGGCUCGGCCGGCCCUCAAGGCUUGAUGGUGGGCUCGGCCGGCCCUCAAGGCUUGAUGGUGGGUUCGGCCGGCCCUCAAGGCUUGAUGGUGGGUUCGGCCGGCCCUCAAGGCUUGAUGGUGGGCUCGGCCGGCCCUCAAGGCUUGAUGGUGGGCUCGACCGGCCCUCAAGGCUUGAUGGUGGGCUUGGCCGGCCCUCAAGGCUUGAUGGUGGGUUCGGCCGGCCCUCAAGGCUUGAUGGUGGGCUUGGCCGGCCCUCAAGGCUUGAUGGUGGGCUUGGCCGGCCCUCAAGGCUUGAUGGUGGGCUCGGCCGGCCCUCAAGGCUUGAUGGUGGGCUCGGCCGGCCCUCAAGGCUUGAUGGUGGGCUCGGCCGGCCCUCAAGGCUUGAUGGUGGGCUUGGCCGGCCCUCAAGGCUUGAUGGUGGGCUCGGCCGGGCUUCAAGGGAUGAUACAGUGGUGA